CUCUCUUCAUUGUCGCCCGAGCUCAAGCUCUUGUUUGCCAUGGCCUCGGAGGUUUGAGCGUGUUUCCUCGAGAGCUCGGACGCUUCACGUACGUUUUUCCGGAUGCACGUGAGGCCGCGCCCGCUCCGAGGCCGUCAUGAAUGGAUUCACCGCGGUGCCCUCUUUGCAACGAGCCCUCGCAUGCGACAUUUGAAGGAGUGUGGAGCCCGCCGGAGCUCCGUGACCACACGGAGUCCAUGGAGGAGACGCUGCUGCCAAUUCGGAGGCGGGCUUCAAUGUGGUAGUGAGUUCGGGCUUAGGUUUCUGUAGGAGGUGAGGGUUGGGGCGUGGCGUGGGCGUGGGUUUGGCUUCGCGCAAAAGAGGAAGGAAACGGACGACAGAGCUCGUCAGGAUCGGAGAGAGUGUGUUGAGUGAGUGCUUUUUUUGUGGUUUGAAGUGAUGAUCAGUGGCGCUAGCGGGGUGCCCGCUGGUGUCGGGGCCCCGGAUGCCACUUCUUCUGCGCCAUUGCCUGCGCUGGAGUGGAAAUUUUCUCAGGUUUUCGGGGAGCGUGCCAUCGGGGAAGAAGUGCAAGAAGUUGACAUUAUCUCUGCUAUUGAGUUCGAUAAAACUGGAGAACACUUGGCGACUGGCGACAGAGGAGGACGUGUUGUGCUUUUUGAGAGAACCGAUGGCAGAGACCAAAGGACACGAAGGGAGUUGGAAAAGGCUAAUACUGUGGUAUCGAGGCAUCCUGAAUAUCGAUACUCAACUGAGUUUCAAAGUCAUGAGCCGGAGUUUGAUUACUUAAAGAGUUUGGAAAUAGAGGAGAAGAUCAAUAAAAUUAGAUGGUGCCAGACUGCCAAUGCCGCUCAGUUUCUACUUUCUACCAAUGAUAAGACCAUUAAACUAUGGAAGGUGACUGAAAAGAAAGUGAAGCAGGUCAAGAACCUCAAUGUGGAUCCCGGAGCUAGAGGAAAUGGGAGUUUGCUGACAAAUAGUAUGUUGCUUAAUCCAAAGGGCUUGGCACCACGUCUAUCAUCAAACGGAGGACCUGUGACUCGAUCAUCCGUAAUUAGCCAGGAUUUUGUAUUUCCUCCUGGAGGCAUUCCUUCACUUCAUCUUCCCUCGGUAGUUGUUUGGAGUAACGAAAUGACUUUAGUUGCUAGAUGUAGGAGAGUCUACGCAAAUGCUCAUGCAUAUCACAUCAACUCUAUAUCCAACAACAGCGAUUUUGAGACAUACAUAUCUGCAGAUGAUUUGAGGAUAAAUUUAUGGAACCUUGAAGUUAGUGAUCAGAGUUUCAACAUUGUUGAUAUUAAACCAACCAACAUGGAAGACCUUACAGAGGUGAUAACUUCUGCAGAGUUCCAUCCUACUCAUUGCAAUGUGUUAGCAUACAGUAGCAGCAAGGGUUCCAUUCGACUCAUUGAUAUGCGUCAAUCAGCCUUGUGUGAUCGACACUCUAAAGUGUUUGAGGAGACUGAUCCCUCUGGAUCAAGGUCUUUUUUCACAGAAAUCAUUGCUUCAAUUUCUGACAUUAAGUUUGCAAGAGGUGAUCGGUAUAUUCUCAGUCGGGACUACAUGAGUCUGAAGCUGUGGGAUGUGAACAUGGAAUCUGCUCCUGUGGCUACAUUUAAAGUUCACGAGCAUUUGCGACCAAAGCUCUGUGAUCUUUAUGAGAACGAUUCAAUCUUCGAUAAGUUUGAGUGUUGUUUCAGUGGCGAUGGCAUGCGUGUAGCAACUGGUUCCUACAGCAACUUGUUCCGGGUAUUUGGGGCCACUUCCGGAAGUGAGGAGGCAUCAACUUUGGAAGCUAGCAAAACUCCAAACAGGCGCGUCGUGACACCUCCCUCCAAACCUGGAAGUCGACUUGCCAAUCUUGCGCGUGGACGACGUGAUAAUCGUCGAGCAGGUAGUGAAAGCCCAGGUGCAGAUUUAAAUGGGGGAGUGCACGAUUUUACAUCGAAACUUCUUCACUUAGCAUGGCAUCCAGCAGCUAAUGUGAUCGCAUGUGCUGCAUCCAACAGCUUGUACAUGUACUACGCAUAGGAUCACUGGUGAACAAAACUUUGCAGAAUUCUUUUGGGUUAUUUGGACGUGAACGGGUCAAUGUUAUUGUGAGUUGGAGUGAAUACCUACAAGUUUUCAUAUUGUCUUACCCUUAAAUAGGUUAGCGGAUAAUAGUAAGUCUUUGAGGGCUUUUUGCAUCUGAAGAAAAAUCGAAGUAGAAUGUGAUUUAAGGCUUACAUGAGGAAUGUAGUUACCGAAUAUCCAUGUUGAAUGGGACGGGCGGCUGUCCUCUUUUUUUCAAUCAUCCAAACAUAAGUUAAGAGAGUGAGAAAAAGUGAUUUAUCUGUCA